GCUCCUCACAUCCCCGCCCAAUUCGCGGCUCAGUAACCAUCGACGGUUCCAGACCUUGUUAGUAGAGCCCCGUUAGCUCUUCAGAUGUGACCAGAUCGGACUGCUGCACAGCCGUGGAGCCAAACAUGGACCCGUGAGAAGUUUGACAGGAUUUUCUCCAUCUGCUCAAUGUGACCGCGCGCAUCAGUGACUGACAUGAGGCACCAUGAUCCGGCUGGACGAAGAUAAUCGUGCACCCACGGUUGACAGCAUGGACACCAAAAGGCACUCUGCUGAAAGGUGACCUCGAGACACUUCACCUCCCCACAACAUUUGGAUGCAGAGCCAACGUCUGCUCCUGAUGACCUGAUGAUUGAUUCAUCCGCCUGUGACAAUGGUCCAGCGCCCUCUGGUGUCGAGUCUGCCAAACUGUUCUUGGGACAACUCUUGUGGCAGGGGAAGGCAGAAUAUGCCAGAGCAUUACAAUGAGCUCCAACAGCACAGACCCUGGUCUCCUUCUGACUGCCAACCCUUCACCAUCAGUGGCCAGAGCCUACCCACAAUCCCGUGGCCUUCAUCAAGAAGAAAUUGCUUUUGAUGAUGACCCCUCUUUCAUCAACAAAACCUUCAACUUUACUUUACCAAUCGACAAUGCCCUUGACCCCCUGGGUGGUCACCCUGUGUGGCAAGUAGUCAUAAUUGUCUUGCUGACAGGAACAUUGUCUCUAGUCACCAUCGUCGGCAACAUACUGGUAGUGGUGUCCUUCAAGGUUAAUCGGCAGUUAAAGACAGUGAAUAAUUACUUUCUUCUGAGCUUAGCUGUGGCAGACCUCAUUAUAGGGGUCAUUUCCAUGAACCUCUACACGCCUUACCUUAUAAUGGGCUACUGGGCCAUGGGCACCUGGGCCUGUGACCUCUGGCUGGCUAUUGACUAUGUUGCAAGCAAUGCAUCAGUUAUGAACCUACUAGUCAUCAGCUUUGACCGCUACUUUUCAAUUACCAGGCCUUUGACCUAUCGAGCAAAGCGAACCACCAAGCGAGCUGGGGUCAUGAUUGGAUUGGCUUGGCUUGUUUCUUUUAUUCUGUGGGCCCCAGCCAUUCUCUUGUGGCAGUAUUUUGUAGGCAAAAGAACAGUGCCCUUUGAUCAAUGCUAUAUUCAGUUCCUCUCAGAGCCAAUAACAACCUUCUGCACAGCCAUGGCAGCGUUCUAUCUGCCUGUGACAAUAAUGAUUAUUCUCUAUUGGCGUAUUUACAAGGAGACGGAGAAUCGCUCAAAAGAAUUGGCUGAGUUGCAGGGUUCGGGAGGCCGUGGUGGGACAGGUAGCAGAGUAGGAAAUCUUGGAAGUGAAAGAGCCAGUUUUGUCCACCAGACAGGAAGUUCCAGAAGCUGUGGUAGCUAUGAGUUGACCAGAUCAUCAAAGAAAGGGAGUACGUGUAAAAAGCUUGUUGGGCGAUUCCACUGCUGGCCUGGGGUUCGUUCUUGGAGACCUGGUAGUAUCCGUCAUGGAGACGGAGAUCCAGACCAGAGCAGCAGCGACAGCUGGAACAACAAUGAUGCUGCAGCCUCUUUGGACCACUCUGGGUCCUCUGAGGAUGAGGACUGUGGGAGAAAAGAGACAAUUUCCCAGAGUCAUGCAAUAUUUUCCAUAGUUCUUAGCCUCCCUGGCAUUAGGGCCGCCGUCAACUCCCAGCUUACCUCAUGUGAAGAUCUAGAUGCAGCUUCAGAGGAGGAUCCACUAAAAGGAGCUGAGUAUAGCCGCGACAGCCUGUCAACUGUCACAACCAAUACCACUAAUCCCAUCACACCUGAGGGCACAAACAAUAUGGAAAACAGCUUCAAACAAGGCAUUUGUUCACAAAAAGCUCUAUCAAUGUCCACAAUUCAGGCUAAAUGCAACCAAGAGGUAACUGAUGGCACCCCAACGCCCACUACCAAUGACAGCAAUGCCACUAGCAUAGCCACCAAGUCCUCAUCUGUCCCACUGUCAUUUAAAGAAGCAGCAAUGGCAAAGCGUUUUGCAGCUCGAACUCGGACUCAGAUCACCAAGAGAAAGCGGAUGUCUUUGGUGAAGGAGAAGAAGGCAGCUCAAACCCUCAGUGCCAUCCUCUUAGCUUUUCUCCUCACAUGGACCCCUUACAACAUCAUGGUUCUGAUUAAUGCCUUCUGCACCGAUUGCAUCCCAGACACCCUGUGGGCUUUAGGGUACUGGUUGUGCUAUGUCAACAGCACAGUCAAUCCCAUGUGCUACGCACUGUGCAACAAGACUUUCCGUACAACGUUUAAGAUGAUACUGCUGUGCCGCUGGGAUCAGAAAAAAAGAAGGAAGCUGCAGUUUCAGCAAAGGCAGUCGGUGGUCUUCCACAGGGGGAUUCCCAGGGAAUCUACAUAAAGGACUGAAACCUCAAACUGUGGAUUAGAGAAUUUUGGAGUUUAUCCCAGGACAAGGAAAAGAAAGGAGCCUCCAUGUUGUUGUUUCUGUGGAGUUUCUUUGAUAAGAGUUCCUUAAAGUCCUUCUCAGCUGAUGUUUAAACAGCUACCCUAUGUGCUGGUCCUAAGGGAUGUUUUAACGUCAGUGCAUCCAUUUACUAUGGUAAAGGGAUACCAUGUGUGAAGAUUAGCCAAGGGUGAGGCCCGGAGUUCAAAGCUCUCCCUUUCUCUUUGAAGAACUCCAGAAUGUCACACUUCUGAGGAUGCAUAAAAAAGAGUGGGAAAUAAGUGUAAAGGGCUUUUAAAUUAUAUUGCAGGAGAAAUGUUGAAGUGCAAUUGACACAAAUUAUAAGCAUGUCUAUGACACGGGUUGGGUAUUUACAUUUUCUAUCAUAUCCCUCUGUGGGUAGUUAGAUUUGUAAUGUGCUGAGUGGUUUUUCAUUUCAAACCAAAGUGUGUAUUUGUAGCUUGUUCCUGAGAGCCGAGGUAAAAAGUGAAGACUUGUGUUCAAUGGCUUCUACAUUUUACCAGUUUGCAGUGUCUUCUUCCUGACUGGCAUGUGUUUUUAUCUAAACUUCCGUGGAUUCGAUUUCUACAUGGAUAUGAUUCUCCUGUGUAUUAUGUAAAAAUGUUCUUAAACUGUGUUCUUACUUUCAGUCGGCAAAGACAUGUUCCUUUGUAAAAAUCAUCUUCGGGUUUCUUGGUACUCCAGAGAUUUUGAGCCACUUUGAAAAGGAUUAUUUUGACGAAGUAUGUUGUGAAUAUUCUGUGGUACCACAGUCAGUGAACCACUGUUGAGUUCAAUGUGAUUGUUGUGAUUUUUAUGGUGGACACAAUAAGUGAACUGGUUGUGUUUUUAUGUGCUUGCAACUCCCUGUUGAAGAAAACAAUGAUAACGUUCUGUUUGUGUACAUUUGGGUCAUUCUGGAUUGAUACAUCAAGAUUGUUUACACACACACACACACACACACACACACACAAACACACACACACACACACACACACACACACACACACACACACACACACACACACACACACACACACACACACACACACACACACACACACACACACACACACACACACACACACACACACACACACACACACACACGUGUUCAUUGUUAAAGACACUUGCUUAAAUUUCUACAAAUGUAUGAGGGAAAUUAUUUUGUUGAGCCUUCUUCAAAUCAUAAGACCAACUGCACCCUCUAGUGGCCAACAUAAAGAAGUGUAAUUUUAGCUUCUAUGGUGAAAAGUCUUGGAUGGAAACAAAAACCCUUAUUCCAUAACUUUGAAUAUUUUUAUACUAUAUGCCUACAAAUCAGAUAUAUUUUAUGUGAAAAGGAACGUCACAAUCACCGUGGUGUUUUGUUUUUAGUGAUUUUUCUACUCUUUGGUUGAUUUCUGAAUGAAAUAUUUGUUCCUUAAAAUAAAUAUUAAUUUUUGUGGCAUAUGAUUAGUAUAUACAGUUGACACCUGGUUUGGAAUACAGUGUAUUUUUUCAUACAGAAAGUAGAAAAACACCACACACCCACCACAAAUUGUAAUGCACAUUAUGUUUAUAUUAUCCUGAUUCAGUUUUUUAUGAAGUAUUACACUCAGAUGUGACAGUAUUAUGUGAAAAACAUACUGAAUUUAAAAGAUAUUAUGUAAUAUAACAAAAGAAAAUUGCUAAGAGUUAAUGCAGUAAGCAUAUUUAUGGUAUGACAGAAUUUUGUGUAAUUCAGAUUUUUUUUAAUCCCUAUUUUAACAGAAUGUGCUCCAGUGUCAUUACAAUAUGAUUUAACAGAAAUCAGUUUCUUUUCAAGUAUGCCAAUCAUUUCCUCAUUUGAAUUCAAUAAACAAAAACAUAUCAUU